GAUAGACCGCUAUUAAAUCGAGCGCCAUUCACGCAGAACUUGGUUGAAUACAGAUGAUAAUCUGAACAGAGGCUUCACGCAAGCAGCAGUGUGGAGAUGGAAGCGUCCACCAACGGCUCCAGUUUUGGAAUCGACUCCCUGCUGUCCCACAGGCCCGGAAGCCCAGUCAUCUCGAAAGGGGACAGUUUGGUUGGGGAAUGCCGGUCCCCGCUGGAGUUCAGUCCCAGGUCAGACUUAGAGAGCGGUUGUUCUUCUCCUCCGUCCCCGAGGCGGGAGUGCGUUGAGGAUGCGGCGCAGAGACAGGGUCACCCGCUCGCUUACGCGUCCCAUUUGCAACACGGGCCGAUCUCCGCUGGAUCGCAACCUCGGACUGUCACUUCAUCCUUUUUAAUAAGAGACAUUCUUGCUGACUGUAAACCUUUAGCGGCGUGCGCUCCUUAUUCCAGCAACGGCCAGCCGACACAGGAGGCAGGGAGACUGGCAUCUAAAAUCGCAGACGACUUAAUAGAAAAGAUCCACAGUAACUCAUCGUCAGACAGUGAAUACAAAGUAAAAGAGGAGGGCGACAGGGAGAUCUCGAGCAGCAGAGACAGCCCGCAGGUUCGCCUGAAGAAGCCACGGAAAGCGCGGACCGCCUUCACUGACCAUCAGCUCGCCCAGCUGGAGCGCAGUUUUGAGCGUCAGAAGUACCUGAGCGUGCAGGACAGGAUGGAGCUGGCAGCAUCUCUCAACCUGACCGACACGCAGGUCAAAACCUGGUACCAGAACAGGAGGACUAAGUGGAAGAGGCAAACGGCGGUCGGACUGGAAUUGUUAGCGGAGGCUGGAAAUUACUCUGCGCUGCAAAGGAUGUUCCCUUCGCCGUAUUUCUACCCUCAAAGCCUGGUGUCGAAUCUGGACCCUGGAGCAGCGCUCUACUUAUACAGGGGACCUUCGGCGCCCCCGCCGGCGCUGCAGCGUCCUCUUGUUCCCCGGAUUCUCCUGCAUGGUCUCCAGGGCGCCAGCGAGCCGCCGCCGCCUCUGCCCCCCCUCUCCGGUGUGUUGCCCAGACCGACACCACCGCGAUGAACGGCACAAUUCAGACUCUUCUAAUACUUGGCAGC